GACUGUGGACGGCUCUCUGCUCUCAGGCAGUGCCAGCUUCAUAGAGAGCCUGAGUGAAGUGGUUACAAAGAAACUGAGAAUGCUAGCUGAAAUGGCCAAUGCACGGCAAGAAGUAGGUAAGAUGUCUCUCAAUUUGUCAUUCGAAAGGCUUCGUAAACCGAAACACAGUACAACCAGACAGUUGGAAGAUUAUCACUAGCUCAAGAAAAGCGAAAUGAACUUGGGGGCAGAAUUGAAAUAGCCGAAAUGAAAGUGAAAACAAUAGAACAGCAGUUAAAUGAAAGUCGAGAGGAUCUACAAAUGUUGAUGCAAAUUGAAGAACUGUGUACUGAAGAGCCCUGUGUGGAUGUUUGCAUGUCUGGAGAAGUGUGCCGGAACUGUUUAAUGCAUAUAUUUGUUAACAAAACCAGCAAAUGUCCAAUCACAGUCAAAGAAGUGAGGAUGUUUCGUGUACCACCAUUCCAUGAGACAAGGACCACAUGGAGGUUUGUCCUCGAGUGCAGGUUGGAAGACAACAGAAUUUGCGUCGAAGAAGAUUGUCCAGUGGGUGUUAAAAAGCAGUGCAAUGGUAAAUGUGUCCCGGUGUAUGAGUCACGUGUUCCAGUCUUCCACUGGGAAAGGGUGGAAGUGGACGUACCAUCUUUUGAAACUUGCACUGUCCAAGUUUACAAUUCUUCGGUUCCCAGUACAUGUUGUGAGAAUGUGACAUGUGCUGCGAGGGUACCAGAUCCCUCGUGUGUUAGAAGUAAUGCAGACUGUAGAGCAAUGCGCCAGAGGGAAGCACAGGGUAUCGGGGACAUGGCUAGGGAAAUGUUUCAACAGUUGGUGGAAGCUCGGAAGAAUCUCUCACUAGCACAAACUGCCCAAAAGAGAGCUACAGUUGAGAGUGAACUAUAUGAACAGAGAAGCGGUCAACUAAACAUGACUUUAGAGAGACUUCGAGAAGCACACAAAAAAUCAAGGACAGUGUAUGACAAAACAUUGGAAGAUGUUGAGCCACUGCUGGGUAUAUAUCAGACGGGUAAUGAAAGUGGGUAUGAAAAUGUCUUCAGCAUCAUAAAUGCCACAUUUAGCGAAAAACUUACCAACAGUCCCAUAUCAUUAGCCUUCAAUGUGAUAUUCCAGAACCUAAUAAGUAACAGUGGAGAAGAGAAUCGAGGAUCAUACGUUUACAUUUCAAGACAAUCAAAAGCAGUCAACCUUGAAAGAAUGGCCGACGAAAUAAUAGACACAGCAUUCAUUGGUGACUCCAAGCGAAGUACGUGGCCACAGACACGGCUGCGGAGACAGACAGCAGCAGAAGAUCUCACUCCGAGACAGAUCUUUUGCCUCUCGCUGCACUCACAUCUCGAACACACAACUCUUCUUUGCCGAGAUCCAGGCCAGACUAACAGAGAUCCAGGAGAACAUUAACACCUCUCGUGAAGGAGCCGGUGGGCUCUCGGAGAGUCUGAGUGAGGACGGACCACAGGAGGACGAGGAGUUUGCGGCCUACCUGGACCUCAUCAGGGACUACGAAGACCUGUCGAUGGAGGCUCUGCGGGCACUGGAGAGCACCAUCUUCUCAGAGUGGCAGGCCAGCAUGGAGUUCCUGUACUCAGAGUCGGGCUCAGUUGGGGAGGUGGGCUGCGAUGGACUGGCCGACUGCCUCCAGACCUCCACUGACCAACUGCUGAACCUCAUAGACUUGACUCCAGACAGUCAACUGAGCCUAGAGUUCAUCUCUCUGAGACCGAGCUUUCCACUAGCUGCCAAGAGGUUGCUGGAGUUGGCUCUUCUCUCCAACGUUUCCAUCCAGGAAGGUCUGGCUAGGGUGGACCCUAUCAUUGAGAUCACAACGGCCUAUGCAACAGACAAUUACUGGUGUAACGAACCUCCAGUUAUGAUAACAGAGCCACUGCCCGAGAUGAACAUCUCUCUGGGGGCCACCCUGCGAUUAUCAUGUGAGGCGGAGUCAAACCUACCUCUGACGUACUACUGGAUGAGGGAUGGUAAUGUACUGCCACAGUUUACCACAAACAAGUUGGUCCUUGCUGCCGUUCAGCGACAGGACUCGGCCAACUACACCUGUGUGGCCAGCAACCCAGUGGGCACUGCCGAGUCUAUCGACACCAGUGUCACAGUCUAUGAGCUCCCACAGUUCUAUCUCUCCCCAGAGUCUGUCGUCACCUACUUUGGUGACGGGAAUGGGGCCUGGUUUGCCUGCAAUGCAUCGGCCUGGCCCUACCCUGGCUGGAGGUGGUACCAUCGCAGCUCUCCUGAGUCAGACUGGAUACUCAUCGAAGGAGAACUAACCAACGAACUACUUGUUUUGGAUCCCCAAGUAGAGGACGAGGGUAUGUAUGCUUGCGAGGCAUUCAACUAUCACGGCAGUGUUCGCUCCGAGCCAGUGACCCUGACACUUCUCCCGUUCACUGUGUCCCAGCAUCAGUUCCCUCUGGAGUUCUCCGUAUUCAUUUCCAAUGGAACCUGCACAGCAGAAGACUUGUAUGACUCCCUCUACUCCCUAAUAUCUGAGACUAUCGAUGGAGAAACGUCUACCAUUGAUGAUUUCAAUGUGACAGAAGUGGAUUCGGAGAACUAUGACGUAUCCCUGAGUCUUGUGAGCCAAAACAUCACCACACCCUACCUUCACCUCUCGACGUUUGCCGAGAUUGCAAACUCUGCACUUCCUCAUGCAAGGAGCCUUCGGAAGAGCGUACAACUGAUGACUGAUCUUAUAAAUGGAGACACUGUGGGCCUCAUCUGUCCGGGGACAGGAUCUUCAGUUGUGGAAGACUCUCUGGUAGUGGGUAAGUUGAGGUACGUAUGUCCACCAGGACAGAGACUCAACUCCGACUACCUCCUCUGCUUGAGCUGCGAGCGAGGACACUUCUCCUCUGAGACCGAGAGUUCACGGAUUGUAAAUGGAGUCAGUUUCAGUGAGAGUGUUCCAGUGUGUGAGAGAUGUCCACUCGACACUUAUGCCGAUGCUCUCGGGAGCAUCACAUGCAGCCAGUGUCCGAAGUACCACACUACCUCAUUACCUGGAACCUCCUCAGUCAAUGACUGUCUGCCUCAGCCACUUGUGCUGGAGUGUGAGGCUAGGACCACCAGUGACCACAUUGACAUUGACUGCAAGACCAACAGACCUCCUCGGACAACUCUCUGCUCCUUCAAUGGCGGACUCAAACACCAGUGUUCCUACCCAGUGGCCAUCAAUAGAGAUGUGUCUCCUCUGGGGAGCCACACACUCACCAUCUUUGUUGAAGAUGACGAGGGAUUCCAGGCAGAGGAAACCGUCCCUUACUUCCUCGAGGAAGACUCCAAGCCCACUGCCUCAGCUGCAGUUCCUCCACUGGAGGUGGCAUUCAUCAAGGACUCUCCUCUUGUCCAGGGAGACUCUGUAGAGGCCCACAUCCUUCUCUCACGACCUGUCCAGUCUCUGGUCUGCAGACUCAAGGGAGGAUCCUUCAGAACUGAGAAAAACUGCUCCGGUGGUUAUGUGGAGUUCUCUGGACUGAGUCCUGCUGUCUACACUCUGAGAGUAGUGGCCACCAACCGCAGACCUGACAAGGAGUUUAUCAGGUCUCGUUUCGAGAUCACAGACGACACGGAGCGUUGUACUCUCCACCUCAUCAAUGGUGGAGUGAGUGUGAGUGGAGACAGUGCCACAGUAGAGUUCACUGGGAGGGGACCUGCCCACGGCUACCUCUGUUACCUGGACAAGAUGGACCCCUACCAGUGCUCCAGUCCAGUGGUGGUGAGUGGGUUGAGUUCUGGGAGACAUGUCCUGAAGGUGGUACCCACUGGCUGUGGCAGGAACAGAAUGAACCUGAAAACUCACUUCAUCAUUGAGUGAUUGCUGAGAGAUGACUGUUAAGAAAAAAGAAACGAUCAUACAUAUUGCGUAGUUAUAGCUAUGUACAAUGUUAGGUUGUUAGUGCUUAUUUUGAACAGCAUGUUGAUAGCUAUAUUAUAAUUAUGUCUGUCUGCCUCUGUCUUGUUGGAUAGCUAAAGUGUCUUAACUACGGAAGCUACAUGAAAGAGUUCACAAUGGAAGUUGGAAGUUGUUUACCCAUCUCGGCUUCCAUACUUAACUCUUGCUCUUCACACACG